GUCCGGGGCAGCUCGGGUCAGGCCCGCGAGGCCCUCAGGAGACACUUCACAGAGCUGCAGGCGGCGGCGACACGCUUGUUGUCGGAGCGGUUAGCUGCUCUGCUGCUGGAGGUGGACAGCAUCGAGUCGGACAGCAUCAGACCUCUGGACGAGUGUCAGAACCUGAUCGAACAUGGAGUGGGUCAGGCCAGCGAGCUCCUGAGAGAAGGUGAAGCUGCUCUGCGCUGUGGACUGGGAGAGAAGGAGGACAAACUGGGAAGCUUUACCAAGAAAGCCAUGCACAUCCAGCUGGACAG